AUGGAUGGAAAAGUGUACACUGAGAAAAUGAAGAAUCCCAGAGCGGAUGCUAUAAACAUCUUUAGCGUCUUGACGUUCUCUUGGAUCUUACGUACUUUCUGGGUGGGUUACCACCGAGAUCUUGAAGUAACUGAUUUGUACACACCUCUUAAGGAGCACACAAGUGACGUUCUUGGUGACAAAUUGGCAACGGCCUGGGAGAAGGAAUGCGAGGAAUACCAGUGUCGACUGAAGCAGGUCGCGAAGAGCGGAUCACAGAAGAAGAUUAAGGAGCCCAGUCUGAUGAAAAUGAAAGUUCUUAUGAGAUAUUUUUGCCUCAAGAUUAUACUGUAUGGGAUUUGUGCGACCUUUGCGGAGAUCGCGAUCAGGGGAGUGUUGCAGCCGUUACUGGUAGGCCAGAUGUUGCACUACUUUAACUCUAUGGACGUCGAUAAGUUGCACGCGUACAGCUACGCCGUCGGCAUCAUUCUCUGCUCCGCUAUUAAUGUGUUCCUUACUCAUUUGACUUUGAUGGGUAUUACGCAUACGAGCUUGAAGAUUCGCGUCGCAUGUUAUUCACUGAUUUAUCGCAAAACGUUGAAGAUGACCAGAACUGCGCUGAGCGAGACGACAAUCGGUCAGAUAGUCAAUUUGCUAUCUAACGACAUCAACAGAUUCGAGAUCUAUCUCGUAUUUCUCCAUUCUCUGUGGUUCGGACUUUUAGAGACAAUUAUCCUCACGUACGUAAUGUACUACGUAAUCGACAUCGGCGUAUC